CCUUCCGUCCGCCAUUUUAGGUGGUGUCGGCGGCGGCGCCAUUAAAAUAAAGCGGCUGGGCGAAGCAGGAGGGCUCGGGGCGCUCGGGCCGCCAGCGGGGCCGGCGCCUCCGGCGGGGGAAGCGGCAGCGGGGCCGGUUGGAGGCGGUGGCGCCAUGUCGGAGCAGCAGUUCGCCGUGGACUCGGCGGCGGCCGGCCCCGGGGGCCCUGCGGAACAGCCGGCGCAGCCCGAGGGGCCGGCGGGGAGCGGGGCGGCAGACGGCGACGGGGCGGGUGGAGGCGGCGGCGGGGGUGAGUCGGAGGGAGCCAAGAUCGACGCCAGCAAGAACGAGGAGGACGAGGGAGCACAGCCAGGUCAACAAGGAGCAAGUUCACAUGAGCAGCUUGGAUUUGGGACAGUCAGACAAGUGGAAGCGCGACACAAUCAGUGCAGGAAUAUUUGCACACAGAAAGUGGAGGAGAUGGAAACCGACUCACGUGGCUUCUCAGGUCUCCUGAAAAUGUUUAUUGGUGGUCUCAGCUGGGACACUACCAAGAAAGAUCUGAAGGACUAUUUCUCUAAAUUUGGUGAAGUCGUAGACUGCACUCUGAAGCUGGAUCCCAUCACUGGGCGAUCGAGAGGCUUUGGCUUUGUGCUCUUCAAGGAAUCGGAGAGCGUAGAUAAGGUCAUGGACCAGAAAGAACACAAGCUGAAUGGGAAGGUCAUUGAUCCUAAAAGAGCUAAAGCCAUGAAAACAAAAGAACCUGUCAAAAAGAUUUUUGUUGGGGGCUUAUCUCCAGACACACCUGAAGAGAAAAUAAGGGAGUACUUUGGAGCUUUUGGUGAGGUUGACUCUAUAGAGCUUCCCAUGGACAACAAAACCAACAAGAGGCGUGGAUUUUGCUUCAUUACCUUCAAGGAAGAGGAGCCAGUGAAGAAAAUCAUGGAGAAGAAAUACCACAACGUUGGGCUUAGUAAAUGUGAAAUAAAAGUAGCCAUGUCAAAGGAGCAGUACCAGCAGCAGCAGCAGUGGGGGAGCAGAGGAGGGUUUGUUGGCAGAGCGCGAGGAAGAGGCGGUGGCCCCAGUCAAAACUGGAACCAGGGCUACAGCAACUACUGGAAUCAGGGGUACGGGAACUAUGGCUACAACAGCCAAGGUUACGGAGGUUACGGAGGAUAUGACUACACAGGCUACAACAACUACUACGGAUACAGUGACUAUAGCAAUCAGCAGAGUGGUUAUGGGAAAGUAUCUCGGCGAGGUGGCCAUCAAAAUAGCUACAAACCAUACUAAAUUAUUCGGUUUGCAACCUACCCCAACCAGCGGGAACUUCAUUGCAGGCCCUGUGUCGCGCUGACUUCACGAUUCUCACAGGCCCGCUCAAUGCGGACAGGGUACGAGAUGCUCACGCUCUCGAAUGCUGCCGUUUGGUAUGGUCUCUUCCAACAUCCUGUAUCAGCAUUAUAAAAUAAAAUGGAUACUUCGAGCUUUGCCUUCACUUAUUUCUUUGCUUUUAAAACUAUAUGUAAUGUAAUUUUAAUGCAUUUUUUACAGGCCCAGUAAUGGUUAAAUACGUCAGCUUACUGAAUAAUUUUAACUUUGUUCUUCUAAGGAUACAGCUUGUCUCUGGAUUUUCCAGUCUUAAUUUUAUAUUUUAUUAAUCUAUUUUAAUGCUUGCUUUUCCCAUUUAUAGACAUUGUAGCAGUAAUUGCAAGAAGUUCUUGAGCUGAAUUCCUGUUGUGUCGACUUCUCCUAAGCUUCUGAACACAAUCCUACUAUAGUGGUUGAUGUAACCUUCUCUUCUAGUUGUAUUUUCUUAACGGAUAAGCUAAUAAUACUCUAUAGUGGGUUGGCACAAUUCUCAAACGCAUCUUUUUGGACCAGAAAGGUCCAUCCACCAAAAUAGUCUUUGGUGGUGGUUUACGGGUAUGACGGAUGUUCUGUAACAUCUAAGGCUAUAGAAGCAUUUUCUCUCAGUAAAUUUACAGCUUACGUUGAGAAACUUGUCUUAAACAUUGGCGCACAUGUGGAUUUCCAGCUCAUGGACUCUCCUGUUCAGCUUUAAUUCAUAAAAGCAUAUAUUUACACAAUUAAUGUCGAUAUACCAUAUUUACAUAGAGUGGGACAUAGGGGUAUCUAAAAAGCAGUUUUCUGUUAAUAAGAAAAAAAA